AUGAAAAUUGUCAAGAUAUUUUUUAUUCUGCACAGACUAUCAUGUGUAUUUCCAGAGGAAGCUAUUGUGUUCCCAAGACUGCUCGAAGAAAGGUCAGAAGGAGGGAAGCAGAUAGUUCUGGUUAACAAAGACUUGCACCUUGAACUACAAAAAGCCUCAAUAUUAGCCGGAACAGUUUUGAUUGAAGGCUUCUCUGGGGGAAAUUUCGCUCUGAGAAUGAAAAAUGGAACGGAGUUGGAGGAAAAUCUAUACGAAGACAGAGAGAAGUUUGCUUCAGUCAUAAUGAUCAAGAAUGACGAGGGCAUUACAUUGGAAGGAAUACUUACUGAACAAUUAAAAAUUGAGCCCUUGCCUAUGGUGCAACGAAUGCCUGGGAAAGGACUACCCCAUAGGAUUUCACGGAUUGAACUGCCUCCUUUGGCCAAGGCUUCUUACAGUGAUCUAGCGGUCAAAAAUACAUCGAAACUGCGCCUAUUAGAAAACCGACAAGUUGCACCCGCUCCCCUUAUUGUCUGUGAACUCUUUAUAUUGGUAGAUUCUGUCUAUGGCAUAACUUUCUCCAACUUGUUCACGUAUUUAAUUGCCCUACUGAAUGCGGUGAAACUUCGGUUUACACUGCUGUCCGACCCCUUUGUUACCAUACGAAUUGUCGGCAUGUACCGACUGACAUAUCAGGAGGAAUCACUCCUAUACUCUUAUUCAUUGGGAUAUGUCUUGGCUGAACAGUCAUUGAGAAACUUAUAUAGGUUUCUUCGUCAAAGGCCCGUUUUUGGGAAUCCAGAUUUCUUUUAUUUGUUUUCAGGGAGAGACCUUGCUCAGAUGAACGGCCAGAAUCUUGACAUAACUCUUAUGGGAAUGACUUUUGUCGCGGUGAUGUGCGGAUUCAACAAUGUCGGAGUUGGAGAAGACAAGCCGGGAACGUAUCAAGGUGUCCGUGUAACUGCUCACGAGUUGGCCCAUGCGUUUGGCUGCGUACAUGACGGUGAAGGACCACUGGCCCAUAUUCCUAAUCAUCCCGGAUCAAAAUUUCCAGAAUGCGCGUGGGAACACGGCUACAUGAUGAGCUACAUUGAGAAGGAUGCAAAGUCCUUUCAUUUCUCUCCCUGCUGUAAACUACAGAUGAAGGUGUUUUUCCGACUUCUCUCGGCGGACUGCUUAGCUAAUAAAUUCCGAUAUGAUUACUUUAUAAAUUCAGAAAACAAACUACCAGGAGACUACUUUAAUGGAAAUUUGUUUUGUAAAUCUCACCACCCUUCGUCGCCCUCUAUUUAUUAUCCCCAGCCGCAAGACCCUUUGGACCUUCUACAAUGCAGGAUUCAAUGCAGAGUUCGAACUGAUGCAUACGGAAACUACAUAUACUACCCUCAUUUCGCACCCGAAGGAUUGACUUGCUACGGAGAAAGGGCGACGUGCAGACACGGGGAAUGUCGCUUCUGGUAA